AUGAUGGCUCAACCGCCGUUGGACAAGAAUUUAGAAUGGAGUCAGAAUCUGAACGUCACAGUUAUGUGCAAGGACUGUAAGGAGAUUCCACCUAAUCUCGUCGAAGAAUUUUCUUCUGGAGAUUUGGUCUGCGAUACAUGCGGUGUAGUUAUUGGUGAUCGAAUUGUCGAUACCCGCUCUGAAUGGCGUACAUUCUCCAAUGAUGACCAGGGAAAUGACGAUCCAUCCCGUGUUGGUGACGCUGCUAAUCCUCUCUUGAACGGUUCUCAACUUUCCACUACAAUCGCUUUUGGCGACAGCAGCGUACGCAGUCGUGAGCUUUACCGCGCCCAAGGUAAACAAGGUACAGACAAAUCAACAAAAGCUUUACUCGCAGCCUACAAGGAAAUCGGCGCUCACUGUGAUGCUGUAAACAUUCCAAAGAACGUUUCGGAUACCGCGAAGCACCUUUUCAAACUUGUCGAUGACGCCAAAGCCUUCAAAGGUAAAUCCCAAGAAGCCAUCAUUGCUGGCUGUAUCUUUAUCGCUUGCCGUCAGUGCGGUGUUCCCAGAACCUUCCGUGAAAUCUACGCUUUGACGAAGGUUUCGAAGAAGGAUAUUGGUAGAACUUUCAAAGCACUUGAGAAAUUCUUUGCUUCAGACAGUUCGGCCAAGAAGGCGACUGCUGAUGCUACUGGUGCUCUUGCGGCCCCAGAUGGUUAUCAGACAACCACGUCAACCAAUGCCAAAGAUCUCUGUACUCGUUACUGCAGUCAACUUGGUCUUAAGAGCCAACAGUUCGUCAAGAUAUCCCAAGGCCUCGCUGAAAAGGUUUCUACCGUCGGUGAUCUCGCUGGUAGAUCGCCUUUGUCAGUUGCGGCCGCUUGCAUCUACAUGGCAUCAGCUCUCCUCGGAAAGCCAAAGUCUGCAAAGGAGAUAUCCCAAGUAGCUGGCGUUAGUGACGGAACUAUCCGUACGGCAUACAAAUACUUGUAUGCGGAUCGAGAGAAACUCAUUGAACCUGAGUGGAUUGCUGAUGGCAAGGGCAAAAUGGAGCUCCUACCGGGCGAGAAUGGACCGAAAAUGUCCUGGGUUCUAGAGUUUUCUUACGUCGACGACGGUAUUAACAAAAAAAUGAUGUCUGGUCCAGGAGCUGGUUUCGAAUAUCCCGCAGAGGAGGUUUCUUGGUUGAAGAGAGAUGUUUUGCUCUUUGCUAACAGCAUUGGAUGUACGAAUGAUGAGCUACACUUCUUAUUCGAAUUACAUCCCAACUUUGCCGUCUUUCCAACAUAUCCUGUUCUUCUCCCAUUCAAACGUACAACCCAAGAAGUAAUUGACUUCUAUGCCGCCUCUGCCGCAACCCCAAUUCCCGGUGUGCCAAAAUUCGACUACAGACGCGUGCUUGAUGGUGGACGUUCAAUGACUUUCCUCAAACCACUCCCACCUACCUCCGCUGGUAAAACCUUCGAGUUACGCUCUAAAGUUAUCGGCGUAUAUGAUAAAGGAAAAUCUGGCACGGUUGUUGAAACACAACAGGAGAUUGUAGACAAGAACAGUGGAGAAGUGUAUACCAGGGCUGUUGGAAGUGCAUUCUUUGUUGGUCAAGGUAAUUGGAAUGGACCUAAGGGUCCGGCGACUCAGAACUUUCCUCCACCCGAAGGAAAGAAACCUGAUGCUGUUAUGGAACAUCAGACUACAAAAGAGAGUGCAUUAUUGUAUAGAUUGAAUGGCGAUUACAAUCCUUUACACGCAACACCUGAGCCAGGGCAAAAGAUGGGAUUCGGAGGGCCUAUCAUGCAUGGACUUUCAUCAUGGAACUUCACCGCUCAUGCGCUCUUAAAAGCUAUUGGUGGUAGUGAUCCUAAAAACAUCAAAGAAUUUUCAUGUCGAUUCGCAUCGCCGGUCAAACCAGGCGAUAAAUUGAUCAUCGAGAUCUGGAAAACUGGAGAAAUUAAAGAAGGUUGGGAAGAAAUUCGAUUUAUCACCAAAGUAGAAGGUGGAAAGGUUUGCUUGAGCAACGGCAGAGCUCUAAUGAAGACUGUAAGUAGCAGUUCAAGUGGUGGAGAUGGAAAAAUGCUAGAUCAGGGUAUGGCUAGUAUCAAGGCGAAUUCUGGUUCGAAGACUGGUGGCGCUGCGAACUCUCCUGGAUCUUCGGCUAGAGAGGAGAGCAAGGCUCAAAAGAGCAAGUUGUAG